ACCACUAGAGAUCGGGUCGGCAUUUGACUCUAGUAAUCACUAACCAGCAAAUUUCCCUUCGACUAUGUCAAAUUGUCAAUGACUCAAUGUAGAACUCCCUCCUAAAUCCUGAUGUUAACAUAUUAGCGACCAAAUUGACUUCUUGCCAACUUUUUUCCAUCAUCUAUCUUAGAUCCCAUCUGUAAAACCGUUGAUGACAAUAUGUAGAUCACAUUUAUCAUCUAACUCAACAACAUGAUCCUCAAUCUCUUUGAGUUUGGGUAUAACCGUAGAUGGCAAUAAGGAGCUACGAGAGAUGAAGAGAACUGCUUUUCGUUAUAUUGAGUGUUACCUGUUUGGUGAAAUGCCUGAAUGAAAAAAGAUUUUGAUAUGAUGAUGAGUUGGUGGAAUUCACUUAGUAUCAGUAGGGUUUUUAAGGUUGUUAUGGGACUAAAAUACCGGCUUCAGGUAGUGGCAGUUGGGUUUGUUCUAAUUACUGGGUUUAUAUUGUAUUUAUCUCUUGGACCACCAAGCAAACGGCUGAUUGAAUCAUCAGAAGAAUGUCAAAUUCCUGCCGUUUACAAUUUUGGUGACUCUAAUUCAGAUACUGGGUGUGUCUCGGCUGCAUUUGGACGUGUUCCAUAUCCAAAUGGUAUCUCAUUUUUUGGUAAACCUUCUGGGAGGUAUUGUGAUGGGCGCUUAAUUAUUGAUUUUAUUGUUGAGAAGUUGGGAGUUCCGUAUCUGAGUGCAUACUUGGAUGCUCUUCAAGCAAACUUUCAGCAUGGAGCAGAUUUUGCUGCUAGUGGGACUACUAUUCAGCAUGUUGACGGGAAGUUGUAUGGAAGUGGUCUUAAUCCUCUUUCGCUUGAUGUUCAGCUUUUGCAGUUUGAAGAGUUAAAAGAGCGAACUAGCGAGCUAUAUGAACAAGAUAAUCCAAAAGGUCGCUUGCCAAGUCCUGAAGAUUUCUCAAACGCAUUAUAUGCAUUCGAUAUUGGGCAAAAUGACAUUCAUCAUGCAUUAUCAACGAUGACAGAGGACGAAGCCUGUAAAUCUAUUCCUGUGCUCAUAACUCAGUUUGCAUCGGCAAUAAAGAAACUUUAUGACCAAGGAGCAAGGACGUUCUGGAUACAUAACACCGGUCCUAUUGGUUGCUUGCCAUAUUUGCUAGCGAAACAUCCUCCGAAGCCUGAAAAUGUUGACGAAGCUGGUUGUGUGAAGUCUUAUAAUGAGGUGGCGAAAGAGUUCAACAGGCAGCUCAAAGAUAGAAUUUCUGAACUACGGACUCAACUCCAUGAUUCCCUUCUUGUUUAUGUUGACAUUUACUCACUUAAAUUCUCCCUUAUCAGUGAAUCAGAAAAAUAUGGAUUUAUCAAUCCGCUUGGUUACUGCUGCAAGCACGCUGGUAAUCCUCGCUUGCAUUGUUGGAACAAAGAAACAGUGAAUGGGACUGCAGUUUAUGCAGCUCCUUGUGAGAAUCCAUCCAAAUAUAUAAGUUGGGACAGCAUACAUUACACUGAGGCUGCCAAUCGAUGGGUUGCAAACCGGAUUUUCGAUGGAUCUUAUAGUGAUCCUCCUACAUCCCUCACUAGAUUAUGUACAAAGUCUUCUCUUUAAAUUUUAUAAUUGGCAAUCGAUUUGAAAGCAUCAUUGCGAUUAAACAUGAAAUCUUUUUAUCCCAAAGGCUCUCCUUUUUGCUUCCA